AUGGCAGAUCUAGAGGCUAAGGAACCCGUGCCACACGCUGAUGAAAAGCCAUCUUUUGAGAAGGGCAUUUCCAGCCAGGAAGAUGGAAUUGAAAUCCCAAGACAUACAAGCUUCGUCAAUGUCAUGGUCUUAGUGACAGCUUGUCUUGGUGGUUUCCUUUAUGGAUUUGCCGCCAACGCGAUUUCCGGCACAGUUGCCCAGCCGACAUUUAUCGCCAAAUUUUUGACCAAUUCGCAGGCUCUACAACUCGUAGAUGCAAUGCUUGGAGGAUUUUUAGGUGGUGCUAUGGUGGGAUCUAUUUUGCAAGCGCCAAUCUCCAACAAAUUCGGUCGACGUAUCGCGAAUGCUGUGGCAGCAUGCAUCGUAAUCUUUGCGGCUGCCAUAUCAGCCGGAGCUGUCAAUGUUGCCAUGUUUAUUGCUGGACGCGUUCUAACUGGUGUUGGCGCUGGUAUGGUUCUUGCCAACUCUCCAGUGUAUAUGAGUGAAGUCGCGCCUCCUCACAACCGUGGUAUGCUUGUUGGACUCCAAGGUAUUGGUAUUGUUGCCGCAUAUAUUAUGGCUGCAGUUUGCGCACUGGCAUUCAAUUUUGUCAAAGAUGAUAUCCAAUGGAGAUUGGUUUUCAUCGUACUCUGCGGAGUCGCUUGUCUUCUCCUAUUAUCUCUUUGGUUUUUGCCUGAAUCUCCAAGAUGGUUGAUGGAGAAGGGAAGAGAUGCAGAGGCCAAGCAGGUCUUGGAAUACUUGCACAAGACUAAGGCAGAUCCUUACAACACCCUCGCCCGUGCUGAAGCGGUUCAGAUUAGAGCUCAAGUCGACACUGAGAAAUCCCUACCAAAAGGCUUCAUUUAUAUCUUUUCUACACCACAUCUUAGGAAGCGCGCUUUCAUUUCCAUCAUUCUUUGGACCAUGGGACAGGGCACUGGCAUCACAGCAAUUGCAAACUUAAUCCCUACAUUUAUGGCUGGUCUCGGAUUUGGUACUGUCGUUCAAUUGGGUCUCGGUAUCGUCUGGUCAGUUUGUGCAGUUAUUGGAUGCGGAAUCAACGUUGUUCUCCUGGAUCGUAUAGGGAGAAGGAAGCUUCUGAUUAUUGGUGGCUUUGGAAUGGCCGCCAUUCUCAGUACAAUGGCUGCACUAGUCAAGUACUAUCUUGGUACACCUGCAGGCCCUGGUGUUAGAGCACUCGUUGCUCUUUACUUCAUCAUGGGAGCAUUCUUCACUUCGACGAUCGAGUGUACUUCCUACGUUUAUGGUUCUGAAAUUUGGCCAACCCAUUUACGUAGUGAGGGUUCCACCAUUGCAUAUCUCAGUUUCUUUGGAAAUGCUAUCGCGUAUAGUGCUCCCGUCUCUGUUGGUUUGAACAAUAUUGGCUGGAAGUUUUACAUGAUUCUUAUCUGUGUUACUGUCGUCACCACCAUCAUGAUUGUUAUUUGGUUCCCAGAGACAAUGGGUUUGACAUUGGAGGAAAUUAAUGUUACAUUUGGUGAGAAGGUCGAAUUGCAGCUUAAGGAUGCUCUUUACAACGAGAAUGAGUCGACAACAUCCGAUCCUUCCAAGCCAGGAUCUGCUGUAGCCGCUUAG